AUGGCACAUUCCAAUUUUGGGGAGGACUUCUUGAAGAAUUUCAAAAUUCCAAAGUAUGUACUAGUGCCAAAAUCAGAGUGUGAAAAUGUACCUGAUGUACCCGAGUGUCCAGUUUUAGUGUUUAUCAACUCCAGAAGUGGUGGUCAGCUAGGUGGGGAUCUUCUUGUAACGUACCGUUCCCUUCUCAAUGAAACUCAGGUUUUUGAUUUGGGGGAAGAGACUCCUGAUAAGGUGCUGAGCCGAAUCUAUGCCAAUCUGGAAAAACUCAAGCAGAAUGGGGAUGGAUUUGCUACAAAGAUUCAAGAGAAAUUGAGAAUAAUUGUUGCAGGUGGUGAUGGAACUGCUGGUUGGCUUCUUGGAGUUGUUUCUGAUCUCAAAUUAUCUCAUUCACCUCCAAUAGCAACAGUACCCUUGGGAACUGGAAAUAAUCUUCCAUUUGCAUUUGGAUGGGGGAAGAAGAAUCCCGGGACAGAUUCUCAAUCUGUGAAAUCGUUUUUGAAUGAAGUAAAGAAAGCCAAGGAAAUGAAAAUAGACAGCUGGCACCUCCUCAUGAGGAUGAAGACUCCAAAAGAUGGUCCAUUGGAUCCCAUUGCUCCUCUUGAGCUUCCACAUUCUUUGCAUGCAUUUGGCCGAGUCUCUGAUACAAACGAGCUGAGCGUGGAAGGUUACCAUACAUUUCGUGGUGGGUUUUGGAACUACUUCAGUAUGGGGAUGGAUGCUCAAGUAUCAUAUGCAUUUCAUACUGAGCGAAAGCUGCAUCCCGAAAAGUUUAAAAACCAGUUUUCAAAUCAGAGUACUUAUGCAAAGAUUACCCGUUCACAAGGCUGGUUUUCUUCUUCCCUUUCUCAGUCUUCUUCCCGGAACAUAAACCAAUUUGCAAAGUUGAUGAUCAUGAAAAUCCAUGGUGGUCAUUGGGAAGAGCUCCAAAUUCCUCCAAGCAUCAAGUCAAUUGUGUGCCUCAAUUUGCCUAGCUUUUCUGGUGGAUUUAAUCCUUGGGGAAUGCCAACUAGGAGGAGGCAUAAUGGAGAAUUUACUCCACCAUAUGUAGACGAUGGCCGCAUUGAGGUCGUUGGUUUCAGAGAUGCUUGGCAUGGGCUUGUUUUGCUUGCGCCAAAGGGACAUGGGACUCGUCUUACCCAGGCCCACCGGAUCCGCUUUCUGUUUCACAAGGGUGCAAUCAAUCACACGUACAUGAGGAUCGAUGGCGAACCCUGGAAGCAACCCCUCCCAGUCGAUGAUGAAACUGUCAUGGUGGAAAUCUCUCACCUUCGCCAGGUGAACAUGCUUGCCACGCACGGCUGCAGGUCGAAAAGCAUUAACAAUCCCGUGUCACCGAGCAGCCACGGAGCUGAUGAAGAGGAUUCGGAUGAAGAAGCCCAUGAAUCAGCAGAGUAUAGGAAGUUUGGUGCAGCAGACACAUUUAAGCUCCCGGAAGAAAUUGAUAUUUCUCAGCUUAGUUAA